UAAAGAAAUGGUUUCCAUCUACGUGUACGUAAAUCUUGCCGUCGUUGUUUUCUCGGCAACUUUGGUUUCUCGGUGUUUCGCAUUCACGGAUCCCGCUGACGUCACAGCUCUCCAGGAUCUAUACAGGGCCUUAAACAACCCACAAGUGCUGCAUCGAUGGGACGGUGAUGAUCCUUGUGAGGAAUCUUGGAAAGGAGUAGCAUGUUCUGGCUCAUCAGUUAUACACCUCAAAAUUCAAGGUUUAAACCUUACCGGGUUUCUUGGAGGUUUGCUUUAUAAUCUGCAAAACUUAAAGCAACUUGAUGUCAGUUCUAACAGCAUAGAGGGUGAAAUACCACAAGGUUUACCCCCCAAUGCCACACACAUGAAUUUAAGCCACAAUUUCUUGUCUGGACCCAUUGGCAAUGUGUUUACUGGCUUAGAUAAUCUCAAAGAAAUGGACCUUUCCUACAAUAAUUUCACCGGUGAUCUUCCAAGUUCAUUUGGUUCCUUGACAAACUUGGGUAGAUUGUUCCUGCAGAAUAACAGAUUCACCGGAUCAGUCGCCUACUUGGCUGAGCUUCCACUUAUUGAUCUGAAUAUUCAAGACAAUCUGUUCAGCGGGAUUCUACCACAGCAUUUUCAGUCCAUACCAAACUUGUGGAUUGGAGCGAAUAAGUUCCAUGCCAUAGACAACACUCCUCCAUGGGCAUUUCCUUUGGACAACGUACCUAUUGAGGAAAAUACUAGUCGCCCACCCAUAACUCAGGCAAAUGCCAUCGAGAACUAUGAUCAUCCUAAAGAAAAGAAACAAAAGAAGAAACGUAUAGGUCCCGGAGGAAUAGCUUUUAUGGUUGGUGUAGGAACGUUAUUGGCGACAGGUUUGGCGCUCCUUAUUGCGAUCGGUUUGAAUAAACUUCAGACCCAGAGACUGGAGAACCAAGAAGGCAACCACAGUUCAUUGCCUUCUUAUCCAAUCAAUGCAACUAAAGAGGUUUCUACUUCGGCAAUAGAUGAGAGCCUGCAAAUCCCACCUUACAAUGCUGCAUCCCUUUUGGGUCCAAGGCGAUUACAAUCUUCCCAGAACCAUAAAAGAACAGGGGAGACAUCAAGAAAAAGUUUUUCCGGAAGAGACAGAUUCACUGGAAGAACAAAAGUUUAUACAGUAGCGGAGGUUCAGUUGGUCACAAACAGUUUCCAUGAAGACAACCUUCUUGGAGAGGGGUCCCUUGGCCCUGUUUACAGAGCUGAAUUUCCAGAUAACAAGGUUUUAGCAGUGAAGAAUAUCAACAUGGCGGGCAUGUCUUUCAGUGAAGAGGAAAAGUUCUUAGAUGUCGUUUGUACCGCUUCCCGACUGAAGCACCCUAACAUUGUUUCACUAAAAGGCUACUGUUUGGAGCACGGACAACAUCUUCUUGUCUACGACUAUGUCAGAAAUUUAACUCUAGAUGAUGCUCUUCAUAGUGCAGCAUACAAAGCUUUAUCAUGGGGCACCCGUAUCCGUAUUGCUCUAGGCGUUGGUCAGGCAUUGGACUAUUUGCACUCGACGUUCUCUCCUCCUGCCGCCCAUGGCAACUUAAAGGCUGCCAAUGUUUUACUGGACGAAAAUCUUAUGCCUCGUGUUACUGACUGUGGCUUGGCUAUUUUGAGACCACUGACAAGCAAUAAAGUCCAAAUUCGGGCUUCUGAGAUUGAUAUUAGAGAUACAGGAUACAGUUCACCAGAUCAUGGCCAACCAGGAAUAGGAAGCACGAAGAGUGACGUCUUCGCCUUUGGAGUGUUACUUCUUGAACUAUUAACAGGAAGAAAACCAUUCGACGGUUUCAGGCAAAGGGAAGAGCAACAUCUGGCAAAGUGGGCUUCAUCAAAUCUUCAUGAUAGCGACAGUUUGGAACAGAUGGUGGAUCCGGCAAUCAAAAGGACAUUUUCGUCGAAGGCUCUUUCUCGUUAUGCAGAUAUCAUCUCCCUCUGCAUUCAGCCUGUAAAGGAAUUUCGACCUCCAAUGUCUGAAAUUGUGGACUCUCUUGUAUCAUUUACUCAAAAUCUGGUUUCAAAGAACGAUGCAACAGAUGGUGCUGAACUUGAUCCACUUGAGAGGUCCUUUCGCACAACCACCUCCCGCUUUAUUGGUUCACCCGCAACGAGCUAUGUAUCCGCCUGA